AUGGCUUAUUCCAAAUCAAUUAUUCCUUCCUCUUUUAUUGUAAUUUUUUCAUGGGUUUUUGUGGGUUUAUCCCAUGGUAUUGAACUUGAUAAAAAUCUAUUAGGAGCAUUAUUUGCUGAUAAUGGUGAAAAUGGUGGUAUUUUUGAUAUGCCAUGUGUUCAAAAAUUGAUGCCAUGUCAAUCUGCUUUGACAUCACAUUCUAAAAAUCCACCAGCAACUUGUUGUGUGCCAUUGAAGGAAAUUAUUACGAGUGAUGCGCAGUGUCUUUGUACUGUAUUUGGUAAUGCUGAUUUAAUGAAGAGUUUUAAUGUUACAAAAGAUGAAGCUUUGAGUUUUGCAAACGCUUGUGGUGCUAAACCUGAUCUUUCCCUUUGCAAAAAUGCCACUGCUUCACCUGGUUCAGCCCCAUCUGUUCCUUCAGCCUCUAACAAUUCGUCUUCAAGUAACAAGACUGCAAGUCCACCAACAGCAAAUGCAGCUACUGUGACUUCCAAAUUUGGAGGCUUUGUUGCUGUUGCAUCGUUUAUGAGUUUAGUAAUGUCAGCAUUUUAA